AUGGGCCCGAAAUUCCUGCCAUGCGGUGCGGACCUGCGAACCCCGGGCCAGCUACCCCGCAGCAUGCUGCUGUUGAACCUGAUGUCCACCGUGGUCCCCGAUGUCCCCAUAAACCGGGGCGUCUCCGCCGCGACCACGGGCAUCCUGCUCCUGGACGUGCUCCCCCUGCUCACCACGCUGCCUGCACUGUCCAUCCUUCGCGUCCACGCCCACGCCCGGCGCUGGGGCGACGUGGCGGCCUUCGGCCUGGGCUUUGCGCUGGCCACCACCUACCACGUGGCGCACAUGAUGCCCGGCGGCAUCGGCGCCGCCACUUUGCUGGGUGUGCCGGGCACCACCUGGCGCACGCUGGACAUCCUGUGGGCGCAGGCUCUGCUGGCGCGCGCGCUGGGCCACGUGCUGGGCGUGCGCAGCAGGCCGCUGGCGCUCCUCCUAAACGCCGGCUUCCCCGCGCUGGUGCUAGGGGUGGGCCGCUGGCGGGGCGGCAUCACGCUGGGUACCGCCUCCCAGCUCCUUGCCCUGGUCAUGCUGUGUGCGCUGGGGCUGAAGCUGGCGCUCGAGGGCAGCGCCAGCCUGCCACGCUUCGGCGCCGCGCGGGGCAAGGCCGCCGUGGUCUGCGUCGUGCUGGGCCUGACCUGCUUCCCGCUGCCGGAGCUCUUCCCGCAGCUCUACUGGCUCUUCCACUCCCUCUGGCAUCUCUUCAUGGCCGCAGGCAUGGUGGAGAUCUACCUCCAGCUGUUUCCCGUGGAGGGCAUGAAGCCGCCCAUCUGGCUGCCACAGGCCCUGGUGACCCUGCACUGA